AGACAGGGAAAGGUGGGAUCAGACCUGCAUGUAAUGCAUUUUGUGCUGUGGGUAGAUGGUACUAGACCGGCCUAUGGCACGGCAACAAACGUUUGAUAUGCUAUGAUACAGUAUGUUUGAAAGGAAGAAGUCAGAUCAGGGAUCAAUGCAAUUAAACACCUAGACAGGAUGAAACUUAACAACAGAAGUGGAUGUAGUUGCCUUCCUGGUUUGAGAAACAAUCUGUCCUCUCUAAUCCCUUUGUCUCCAUCUGAACCUAAUCCCUGGAGGCUUGUUUGUCUUUUUCUUCUUCUUUUCCUAAAAAGUGCAUUUCAAUUAUCAUGGCUGGCCCACUAAUAAAAGUCUCCCACAAGCAUGGCUUGCUUGUGCACAUAUGGAGCACAAGCAAUACUUUUAUUUUCACAUAAGGUGAAGUGAUUUGUCAGCUGAGGAAAGGCACCUGCAGUAGACCCAGGUUCUGGCUCACUCACACUGCUAACAUGUGUAGAGGUUCACAAGGAUGCUAACAAGUGCACCCUUGUGCCUCAUGGUCAAUGGGCAAUAUCAAUGAUGUUCAGGUCAUAUCACGGAGUCUACGUUUAUAUUCACAUUUGUGGCAUGUGGGGUCUACUUUGACAAACAUAAAGCAAUGAUAAAUCAUAACGCUGUAGUGCUGGGGUUGUGUUGGGAAUAUUUAUGCACGUAUGGGAGCUGUAGGGGUUGCAUUACCAGUAAUGUACAACUUGUUACAUUACCCGUUCUGGGUUGAGCUCCUCAGCCAGUCUUUUUGCCUCAUUAAUGGCCUCAUCCAGUUGGGCUUGUGGGUCCUUCUCUUGGUUGAGCUCCUCAGCAAGGCGUUCUGCCUUUUUAAUAGCCUCAUCCAGUUGGUCUUGGGGGUCCUCAGAGGCCAUACCAUCUCAAAAGAAACAUAAAAGAGAACUUCCAAUCCUAACACAUUCCUUCACAUAGUAACCUCCCCCGUCUAUGAGAAAAGCUGCAUGUCAUUGAUAGCAUGUGUGUUUUACUAUGUCCUGCAGAUCACUAAAGGUCUUCAUCCUCCUCCACACAGACUGACUGAUCUACAAAUCACUUUGCAUAACAAAUACAUAUAUAUUAUUACUUGCAGAUCAGUCAGUCUGUCACCAUUUACCAACAAAGCACUAUUAGUCUGUCACUUCCUUGUUCAUGUUGUUCUAUGGCAUGUGUGCAACUCCUGUCCUUAAAGUCUACAGUGUCUACAUGUUUUGAUAAAUUUAGAUCAUUGACUAGUUAGGACCUCCUCUCACCUGAUUGUCUGUCUUAACAAGAUUUCAUCAACUCCUUUACGUACCUCCUAGGGUGCCUCUCUCCUUCUUCCAAGGAGAAGUCACAAUAUGAAUACAGAUUAAAUGGCAAUGUGUAUUUCUUUGAAGAUGCAAAGAGGAAAAAGGGGAAUAUAUAGCCUAAUGUAUAGGUGGCUAAAAUAAUAAGUGAGAAUGAUAUCCAAAUAUACGCAAAUAAUGCAACAAACAUAUCCACACAUUCUAUGUUGUGUAUGCAACUUUCUUUAUUCACCUUAGUUACGUAACUGUUACGUAAUUUCGCACUGACGGUAAUUUGAACACAAGAAAGUUUCUAGUGAAAAGGUGCUUACACUCAGAGCCAUGUAUUCACACUUAGCCACCCUAGCCUUGGUUGGCCAACAAAAUGUAAGACUACAAUAACUGCAUAUGUUUCCCCAAAUGUUAUACGAAAAAUAAAUAUAUUUUGGUAUUGAUGGACAAUGGCAAGGCUGCCAUUGUAUUUUCAGUUACAUUCUGGUCAAUCAAAAUGGUUUACUCAUUUGUUUUUUAAGAAAUACAUGGAACUACAACCGAAUAAAACACCAUUAGCCGUCAUGCAUUGCAUUCAAUGCAUUCAAUCUAUACUGAAAAAUCUGUUCUGAAAAAUCGAAAACAGUACAUAUAGGCAUACAACCACAAUGUUUUAAUAGGGAUUCAAAAAUACAAAAUAUCUAUAUAUUCAUAACGUAAAAUAAUAAAUAAUGAAAUACAGGCGAUCGCGUAUAUGGUUGUUGCAAAGGCUUGUGUGCCUACUGGUUAAAUUCAUAUAUGUACAAAAUGUAUUUCAGCAGAUUUUGUGCGUUUUUGUGCAUUUUUGUGUGGUUCAAUUUGUUCGAAAAUACACUAAGUAGCACAUCAAUUUGUGUUUUUUCGAACGAAUUGAACCACACAAAAAUGCACAAAAUCUUUUGAAAUACAUUUUGUACAUAUCUGCGCGAAUUGAAUGUGAGGCUGGGCUGAGGCUUCAGGCUAGUUAGAUUUAAUGCCAUAUUCCUGUCAAACCUUCUCAGAUCUCUGAAGUGCACAGGGCGUUAGGGUUGAAGUUUCACAUUGGGAUUGGGUCAGUACAGCAGGAAUGAUACCUUGCCUAGCUGCCGCUACAUAACAUAGGCCUUACACAACAGAUUCCUCUGCUGGACAUGGAUCAUGUUACAACUGAUCUGAUAGUGAAAACCAAACUCUAUAAAUAAAUGAUAUGGUUUUAUAAAUUUUUGUCAAAUUCUAAUAGACAAGAGAACAUUUGAAAAGGAUGGCACUGGCCAUAUAUGAAUACAACAAAAGGCUAAAGAGCAGGAAAACUAUAAUUAAAAAUCAUUAUUGGGUUAAAUAAAUAAAUAAAACAAAUAUGUGGGGUAAAACUGAUACAUACAUUCCCAGAGAAUUAGAAAAUAGCAUUUCAACAUCAUUGGUGAACACACACAAGUAGAAAGAACCCCUUUUGAGUUUGUCCUACUACCACCUUGAGUUUGAGUUUAUUAUCACUAGUAGCAUGAGUAAAACAUGUCACAUUUUCAUUAAAACGAAUACAAUAGAUGUUUGAUUGAUAUAACAUAGAUGGUUGAUAGAAACAACGUUGAAAAGGCUGUCAUUGUACUUUUUUCUUUCAAAUGUUCCAAUAAAGGUGUAAGGGAAUGACGUCUGAUGUCGUAAAUCCCAACACCUGGGAAUCUGAGUAAACACGGCUUCUGGCAUGCGAAGUUGUUCCUCGGCGCUUCGACCAGCCGGUCCGUUCUGGAUCCACUGCCUUAUACAGACCCCUCUCUGCGUCUGUGCUUUACCAACCGGAUGUCAGGAGAGUACUGCCUUUGUGCCACAGAGCACCUUUUUCCAGGUAGCACUGAGGGGUUUCCAGACUAUCGCUGUGAGCAGAGACAUUGACACAGCAGCCAAGUUCAUUGGCGCUAGAGUUGCCACAGCUGGAGUUGCCGGUUCUGGUGCUGGAAUCGGGACUGUGUUCGGCAGCCUUAUCAUCGGAUAUGCAAGGAACCCCUCCCUAAAACAGCAGCUUUUCUCUUACGCUAUCCUGGGAUUUGUCCUCUCUGAAGCCAUGGGUCUGUUCUGCUUGAUGGUUGCUUUCCUGAUCCUGUUUGCAAUGUAAAUAUGUCUUCUGCAGAUGGUGAUCAUGAUUUUGAAACUACAGCUGUGACUACCUAUUUUACUCGAGCAACCAAAAUUGUUCCGUGUUGGUCAUGAAAUUGUACAUUUUCCAAGUUUUUGUUGAAGGAUGACAAAACAGAAGGCAUGUAUUGUAAAGAUGUUACCAAUUACAGAAUUAGAAUUGCAUGUAUUUCACUAUUUAAAAUGUGAGUUAUUUUGUAUAUUUCCUUGCAAAACACUUUCAAAGGAACACCAGAUUUUGGAUUAAGAUGUAUUUCUCUAUAGUGUGUGCCCUUGAGCUCAAAACAAAGCAUAUAGUUAUGUUAACUGCAGGUUGGUUGUAAUCAAGUGAGUUUAAGUAAAUUACACUACUUUUGGUUAUCAUGUGUUUCUUAAUUGCAAUAAAUCAACUUUCACCGGUGUAAUACAA